AUGCAUCGACUUGGUGUUAUACUAUUUUUGAUAACAAUUUUGCUAAUUAAUAAAAAUGAUAGUACAAGUUUGGAUAUUGCACUUGCAUUUGCACGAUAUACAGGAGCACUGUUCACAUUUGAAGAGGUAAUUGAAGUGAUGCCAAGUGUUAAUGAACCAUUGGAUAAUAUUGCUGAUGCAUUAAGGCUUUCACCGCUUGCAAUAGCUAUGGCAAAUGAAUUUGCCUCUAAUAUUUCUAAAACAUUAAUGAAAAUGGCAUUUAAUCUUGUCAUAUUCGGUUAUCUUAUUCCAUCAGCAGUUAUCAUUUUAGUAACUAUUAUUACAUGUUGGUAUAUUCGUGAAGAAAUUCGUAAUCUUUAUCCAAUGCUCGUACCGUUUCCAAUUGCAAAGAAAGCAUGUGAUGAGUUUCUUCAACAAAUGGACAAAGAACUUAUCAAAAAAUUAAAGAAAAAACAGGAAGAGGAGAUGGCAAAAGAAACUAUGACUGUAACUGACACUCAAACUACUUGA